GUAACCAAAGGAUUGUCAAACAGUUACCCAUCGGAGAUAAUCGACUUAUAACACCUACCGCGUACAAUGGGUGCUUUCAACUUCGUCUUGUUCGUUGCAUUCUUGCAGGUGUUCCAUGGUUGCAUUGCAACGCCGGUGGAAGGGCGCGAAUUGUACGCCCCCGGCGACCACUCUUCGUCCCUUUUUGAGGAAACAGGACUUUUAUCCUGGUUCGACGACUGCGCCAAUCUGACAGUAGCCUACAACGACGUGUACAACUAUACACUUCGCCUGGCACCUUGGCUGUUUGAGUUUUCUUUUGUCGUCGGAUCAGACUUGUCGGCGUUCCUCACGUGUUCGGGUUUGGUGUCCACCAUCCCCUGCCUCGUAGAUAACUUUGAGCAAAUGAAGAAGGACGUCGUCGCCUACCAGCCUGCCUUCGAGAAAUUUUGGGAAGAAGGUUUAAAACUGACGGAAGAAGUCAAAGCCGGAAUGGAGUCGUGCUUUAUGCAAAAAACAACACUGCACGCUUUGCGAUUCGGCGAAGAUUUUCUUAAGCAUUAAUAAUCAAAUAUGUAACUCUAUUCAUAUAAACUACUAAUAAACAAAACUGUGUACACA